AUGGGUCAAGGGUUUGCGGAAAAAGGUUGCAUAUGCCCCGGGUGGCAUUAUGAGCCACAAGAGCUCCGAGAGCCGCAGAUUCCGGCCGCCGAGCACCUGACUCCGGAGAGCCGCCAACAACCUCGAGCCGACCGGAGGAGACAUGUUAAACUCCCGAUUGCAGUGCAAGAUCAGAUAAAUGGCUGGAGGAGAUGCGUGCGCAAAAAGUACGAGCUUCUCUUGGGGCCAGUUUGUCUUCACAUCCACUGA